GGGGUGGGGGCGGGGCGGAGGCGGAGCGGGCGGUGUAAACAGACCCGGGAGCCGCGAGCCCCGGAGGAGGCGCGGGUGGCGCCGCCAUGGACUUCCAGCAGCUGGCAGAUGUCGCGGAGAAGUGGUGUUCCUGCACACCCUUCGAGCUCAUCGCCGCCGAGGAGACCGAGCGCAGGAUGGACUUCUAUGCCGACCCGGGCGUAUCCUUCUACGUGCUGUGUCCGGACAACGGCAGCGGCGACAGUUUUCACGUGUGGAGUGAGAGCGAGGAUUGCCUGCCCUUCCUGCAGCUCGCACAGGAUUACAUCUCUUCCUGCGGCAAGAAGACGCUCCAUGAAGUCUUGGAAAAAGUCUUCAAGUCCUUCCGACCUCUGCUGGGGCUUCCAGAUGACGAGGAUGCCUUUGAAGAGUACAGUGCGGAUGUGGAGGAGGAGCCAGAGGCGGACCACCCCCAGAUGGGGGGGACCUUGCUGAGGAAAAGCAUGACAGAGGAGAAAUGCAGCCUGCACUUUUUAUGUCCCUUUGACGUGUCUGUAAGUGAAAGGUCUUGCUUAGGAAGCAUGAGUUUUACUAUCUAGUCGUGAACUGCGCAGACGCAGAUGCCGAGGGUGAGCUUCUUGGAGAGUUUCUCCACUGUUGGAUACCUGAGCAUGGAAUGGCCAGCCACUGGUCAGUGUAAAUGUUCCGCAGUUGUUCGAUCGUUUUAAAACGUGCUAAUUCCAAAGCCACUUUUUAAUUCUAAUAGUGGAAAGUAUAGAUGGGGUGAAAGAUAUAAAUUAUUGAUUCCUUAACACUGUUUCUAAGCCUGCAUAUGAAAUGAAACCUUCACCUUCUCUCUUAUGAGAUGGCAACUUGUUAAAUCAUGAAAACAACCAGAAUCCAAGUAAGUAAGUGACCCUUAAGCUUCAAAGCCAUAGAUGAAAUCUAAUAGGAAAAUAAACCAGGAAAAAAAAAAUUAGAUAUAAUGAAAUUCUUUACUUUCCUAAUCUUUUUUUUUUAAGAUUUAUUUAUUUAUUAUGUAUACAACAUU